AUGUUCCGUUUUUAAUUGACUUGAAUCUUAUCAAGUAAGUCUUUCUGCAAGUGUUAAAAUAUGAUUCUUACGAAAAUUUUACAAAUUUGUUUGAUGAACAAUAGCGUGGUUCAUAUGUAUACUUCAUAGAUGCAAAAUUUGUUUUUUUACCGGCUAAUUUGUCAUUAUUUUUGUAUUUUCACUUUUGAGUGGAAUAGUGAGUGUUUGAGUGGCCUUUUAUAAACAUAGAUAUACUUUAUACAGUAUGUACAGUAAAAAUAUGCUAACUAUAUUAGAGUACAAAUUUCUUCCAUUGUCGAAUAUCUAUUUUUUUAAAAUUUUACGGUUUACUUAAUAGCAAUUCAUUCGUUUUGGACAGGAUUUAUUCUACGAGGUUUAGUUUAAGAACAAUUGCACAUUCCUAUUAUAAUCAUACCUAUUUUUUUUCUGUUAUAUAUUUAUCAUAGAAUUUUGCUAUCACUUAAUUAGCUGAUAAGUUUAUGCUGUCAUAUGCUUAAUUUUAGUCCUUAAUAUGCUGUUUGAUUACUAUAUACACCUACUGAUUGUAGUUAAUUUCAAGAAAUAACGUAUUGCAUAAGCAGGAGGGUUUACACGUGACGUGAUGAAAUAGUACUACGUAUCUUUCAACGUAAUAAUUUAAUUGUUAUUGACAUUUGCUCAGUGCUUGUUUCCACCAAGAAAUUUCUAGUUUAAUUAAGCCUAAGAUACUAUCACAAUGAAAACUUUAAUGAUAUUUUGAAUAGAGAAAGUAAAAUUUGACACUAAAUACAUAAAAUACCUUUGAAAACAUAACUGUUACAAUAUACUUGAAUGAUUUCUAAGAGUUAAAAUAUUCAGCAUCUAAAAUUUAGACAUAAGUUGAUCUAAUAAUGAAAUUAAUCGAUUUAAAUUAUUGAUCCUUCCUCUCACGUGCGUUUCAACAUAUUGAUUUUUUUUCCAACCGUAAAAACAUCAGUUACUUUAACGCCACCGUUCAAACUAAACGAAAAAAUAUACUUGGCUAUUUUUAUUUUGUUCAUUUACGAUCAUUAAAUGACCACUUUAUGACCAACUUAUGGAGGUCGAACUACAAACUGCCGUUGAUGAUUUAUUAAAUAGCUCGGAAAAAAGAAAGUUUAUACAGUCUUUAUCUAAUUAUCAUAAGAGUAGAAAUGUGUACGAGUUUGGGGAAGAUUUGAAGGAAUUAUUAGAUACUCCUGCUAAAAGAACGCUUGUCGAAAAAGUCAGGAAAGUUGUUCCGUUGGCCGAUUUACGAUUCUUUGAUCAAUGCAUGAGAACGAGAGAAUGGAUUAAUGAGCGUAAUUCCUCAAUUAUUCAUGAAACUAUUGAUUUAAAUGAAUUGGCGAUUGAGGACGAGAGAACAGUCGUCAUUUCGGAUAUUAGAUCAACGCUAGAUUUGGGAUUUAGUAUAAGAGGAGGUAUUGAAUUUGGAACGGGAGUCUAUAUAUCGCACGUCGAUAGUGAUUCCAUAGCGGAAACUCAUGGAUUAACUCCUGGAGAUUUGAUUGUUUCAGUUAAUGGGAUUGAUUUUAGCAAUGUUUCCCAUGUUCAAGCAGCAAAGCUGAUAAAAUCUAGUAGACGACUAGAAAUAGUAUUAAAGAAUACGGGAAGGGUGCCUGGAACUAGCGAAACACUAAAGGAAUAUACCUGGGUUGAUCCUUUCGGGAGAAGUGUUUCGCCACCCUUAUCCGAUUAUGGAGGAGAUUGCCCGGAGAGAAAGGUCAAUUUGGACCUUUCGGAUCAUAAACCCUUAGGAUUGAUGAUUAGGGGAGGACGCGAGUUUGGGUUGGGAAUUUACAUAACAGGCGUAGACUUAGGCUCUAUAUCGGAACAAUCAGGUUUGAAGGUGGGGGAUCAAAUACUGGAUGUCAACGGAAAGAGUUGCAUUGAUAUUUCUCACAUGGAAAUGGUUAACAUCUUAAAGAAUAACAACCAUUUAAUAAUGACUGUCAAAAGUGUAGGGAAAUUACCGUACGCUAAAACUACUUAUGAUCAACUUAUGUGGUACUCUAGCAAUAAAACUAACAGUUCAACAGAUUCUCCAAGACAACGUCGAGCUAAAGCUGUCCCAGCACCAGAAGUACCAAUUGGAAAGUUGAGAAACAAAACCUUUACUCAGGCGGAAAUUCAUAGCCUAAAUGAGGAUAGUGGUGUUGAACUGAAUGGGAACAGUUCAACAAGCUCGAACAAACUCGUUACUCUCUCACCAGAGGCCACUAUCAUUAAUGAUAGUAUAGAUGAUUAUAAUUAUAGAGAUCCAAAGCAAAAUUAUUAUAGAUUUAGAACUGCUUCUAUUAGCCAUAAAAUAGCCAAUACGUUAGAGUCUCUGGAAGAGAUUCCGCAAAAACCGUCAAAUGGUAGGAAAUUUAUCAAGAGGAGUGAAGAUAAAAGAGAUUUCGAAAGAAUGAAAAGGGAAAGAGAUCUAAUAUACAGAGAUACUGACGAUAUUGCAAUUAGCGAACAAUUAAAUGACGAUGAUGAAAGUGAAGAAAAUUUUGUAAGAGUCAUAGAGCCAAAUCAAGAACGCCAUUCGGAAUAUAUAUCAUACUCGCCAAUAAAACCUCCAAGAAAAUCAGUUAAUUAUAGAAAAACAGCGAAUGAUUCAUCGAGCUCAUCAGAUUUUAAUGAAGAUGACUGGUGUUUUGACAAAGAAAUAGAAGCGGAAGUUCAUAGACCUGAUACCGAUUCUAAACCUCUUAUUUGGGUCGAAUCAUCGUUUGUAAGAUCAUCGCCAAGACCAAAAAUUCAACCUAUAUCUCCGUACGUACGGAAAGCACUGGAUAAAAAAUCGGAUGAGACAAGAUCAACAUCUCGUGUUGAGGUUAGACCAAAAACACCAACUCCUUCUCAUAAGAAAGAGGAAAUUCCUGAAAUUAAGGCAAUUCCUCCAGAUGUAUUGAAGGCUCUUGUUAAGAAAGUAGAAGAAAAUCAGUCACGUGCAAAUUCUAGAAAUUCACCCUCUCCCGUUCCUUUUCUCCAGGAAUCAAAUAAUUUUACGACUUAUACAACGGCCAGUACCUCUACUCAGGGAGACGAUCGGCAAGAUUUUAGAGCAAAAACACCAAUUUCUUUAUACGAAGAAAAUUGGGACCGUCUAUCGUCACGUAAACAUAAGCCAGAUGAAGAAAUUAAGAUAAUAUCGAUGAGAAAAUUAAAACCUACGCUGGGAAUAGCUAUUGAAGGAGGAGCAAAUACUAAACUUCGAAUGCCUCGCUUAAUAAGCGUCCAGCCUGGAGGCUCCGCAUAUGCUUCAGGCGAAUUAAAAGUUGGUCAUGUAAUCCUUAGUGUAAACGGUAUCGAAACCGACGGCCUCAAUCACGAAGAUAUAGCUAAAUUAAUUGCAAAAGCUUUCAAGGAUAAAAAUGAUAGCAUUGCUUUCAAAGUCAAAGAUUCAAACCGAAAAGUUCAAUUAUGA